AUGCCCGGUGUUGCGGCACUCGUAGUGUGUGGGAUGGGUGUGGGGAGGGUGUGGGGGAGUGUGUGGGGGAGUGUGUGGGGGAGUGUGUGGGGGAGGGAGUGGGGGAGGGUGUGUGGGGGAGUGUGUGGGGGAGUUGGGGGGACUGUGUGGGGGAGUGUGUGGGGGAGUGUGUGGGGGAGUGUGUGGGGGAGUGUGUGGGGGUGGGAGUGGGUGGAGGGUGUGGGGAGUGUGUGGGGGAGUGUGUGGGGGGAGUGUGUGGGGGAGUGUGUGGGGGAGUGUGUGGGGAGUGUGUGGGGGAGGGAGUGGUUCAUUCAGGUUUUUCUUGGAGGCUUUUGCACACCGCCCUCUUCGUCCCCAACAAAAACAUCCUGA